UUGCGUACAACGAACCGUGCACCUUGUCGAAGUGAUCGAUGAAAGAAAAAGCGUUGAUAUAUCGUCGAAGGAGACGAAAUAUUGAAGACGUUCGUCCAUCUCAUACCCAGUUUCGAUCCAAGUCCACGCAGCGACCAGCACGGUUUGGACUCUUUCGCCUCCACUUAAGCAGCACGCUCAGAGUGCUAAGAAUCGUGGAUCACUCGGAGCGAGUCCAGGGUAUUGAAGAGUAUGGGAUAAUUGCAGUAGCAUCGCUAUAUAGGCUCGAGAAUAAGGGACCGCGGCGCGGGGGAUGGUUUAAGGCCUCUGAGAAUAAUUUGCGUGAGGAUGAGGACGCGGCGGAGGACUGCGAAUGUCUCUUGUCCGGAUCUAUGCAAUGCACGUCUGCCUUUUGGGGCGCUCGCCCACGAUCCUCCGCUCUCCAACAUGGUCGAUGACUUUUCAAAGGGCUCACGAUUUCGAGUUCGCUACUUUGUUGGUCAGCUUACUUUUGGGAAAGGGUUACAACGCUUUCGUCGUCAGCGGAUACGCCUCUCGAGAACAAGUGUUCUGCGACACGAGAAUGCGGACGUGUCCGUACUUGGAGGAAGAGAAAACAUCUCAAGCAGAUUUGGAGCCGGUUGAAACGCCCAAAUACAAAUUGAAAAGUCCGCCCGACUUUCGAAGUCAGCUUCUCAUAGAACUCGAGGCUAGGGAGGCGAAAAAGGUUCAAGAGGAACUGGAAAAACUGGAACAAGAACGUGCUCAGAUGCUCCUCGAACAGGAACGACCACUUCCGGAUGAUUUUUGGGGCAACAGAAUACACGCGUGGGUUUUAGUUCUACCGGAAGUCGGCGGCCCACGUGGAGACGAAAUCGAAAAGGCCUUUUUCGUCGAACCUAAUUCCGGCUUCCAUUAUUUUCCCGACAAUCCGGAAACGAAGCUUCUCUAUCAUGGUAUUGAAAGCCUUUGGAAUGACAAAAAUUACUGGGUCAAUAUGCAAACUUGCGAAAAUGGCUGCUCCGACCUCGAUUGGGAUUUGAGCAACACGGAUAAGUGGGAACGCCUGCUGCCCUGUGAGUCCGGGCUCAUACCUUGGACCAACGAAGACGAAGACGUUGACGAAGACGUUUUUCUUCAGCAAAAAAAACACCUCGAAAUGCCGCUUUCUUACGUCGAAAAUAUCGAAAUAGACAGUUUGGAUUUUGAGCGUCGUUAUCCCAAUGGAACAAAAACUGUCUAUUUCAAAAAGACGAGAGUGGAUUUCUACGCUCCGUAUGUCCAGAUGGAUGGUCUCGUUAGAAAAAUUACGAUUUACGAGGACUACGAGUACAAGUUUCCUGUCCAAGUCGAAGAAAAGUUUUCCAACAGGGCUGAUAUGCUCAUAGGAUCCAAAAAAUAUAGUGAAACUUGUGCCGCGGUGGAUUCCUACAAACGAGGCCGCACGGACGCCUGUAUAGAACAUCGUUAUUUAACGAAUGGGCGUGACAGACUAGACGAAGAAAGAACGCUACAUUUUUUCCAUUCCAUACGACCCGAUGGUUUGUCAAAAAUUGAAAUGGAUCCGUUUCAUCUGACCCAGCAUUACAUCGGCCGUAAAGAUUUUCUGUACUAUCGGCAUGUUGAAUAUUCCAAGGACGAGGAUGGUGGUCCACACGACAGAAUUGUAUCGAGGAUCAUCGAAAAGUAUAACAGAAACGAUAAUAUUCCAGCGUCUAAGGACGUGGCUAUAAGAGAUUUUUAUAUAUCGAAAAAUGAAAUAAGGCUCCAUUAUCACUACGAGAAAAAUCGUGUCACCAGAGCCACUAAGAGAUUCAUUAAACCGUCAACGACCGAGAGUGGUGAACAUCCAAUUUUCAAUCCUGAUUUGAUCUAUGGAUACAACCCGGAUCCUCUAGCAGCCCCGGAGAAACAAUUGUCGAUCUACUACGAGCUGAAAAAACAACUGAAAGAAGAAAGCGAAUGUUUGAUCCUCGUAAGAGACGCCGAAAUCGAGAUUACAACAUUUUUGAAGAAAAAGAGCAGUGAAUACAUAAUGCCAAAAUUGUUGGUUUCGUUUUUCGACAGAAAUCGUAAUGAAGAAGCAAAAGCCAAGAUGUUGGCCCAGGAACAACUAUUAAAGGCUCAGAGUGAAAAAGAAGUGGAGGUGGAAGCGGAUUAUUUGGGCCCUUACAUGGCACGUCUUGGGAAUCCACCAGAAUUGACAAAAGCACAAGCUACUUACGUACGAAACGAGUGUUUGAACGAUUUGAAAAAAUUGUUCGUCGAUCGCGCCAACCACAUGUUGAGGAUGAUGGACGAGUGUACCAAGGAAUUGAAUCAAGUACAAAAUUGGUUGACUCAGUCGGAAGGCAAAACGAGGGAAGAGGAAGAAGAAUUGUUGAGUCUAACGAACGACAUAAAUUUCCGUCUGCAUACUCUUGAUGUACGACUGCAGCGCCAUUGCGAAUUGGCCCCGGAGCGAUAUCGUAAAAUGUUGAUGACACUCAAAGCUGACGAACGACUUGUAGCGUUUUUCGACUGAGUGCAG